GAUACCCUCGAACUCUCUCUCUCUCUCUCACGCUCACACACAAACCCUAUCCCGAGGCGAAGCCAUGCCGAGGAGGCGGAAGCAACCCUCAUCCGCCAUGAGGGGUAUCUUCACCCGAAGCCAAUCCCAGAUCUUCCUCCACCGCACCCGCUCCGGCCGCGACUGGGCCAACCCCGAUCCCGGUCGCCGCCGCCACCUUCUCGCCUCGUUCGCCCUGCCGCCGUCCCCCCUCCCCACAUCCACCGCCGCCACCGGCGACGUCCUCCUCGCCUCCGUCAAGGAUCUCCGGGCCAGAAGGGUCUUCUCCCCCGCCUCCAUCCCCAUCGAGACCUCACCUGAUCCGAUGGCCACGAACAAGCCUGACGAUGAUCGGCAGGACGGGAUUGAUCAAUUGGAGAAGGAAGCGACCGAAGAGGAGGGGAGUGGAGAAGUUGAUGAGGCCUCGAACAUAUUUGGUGGAUCUGGUGAUGCUUUUGUCCAGAGUACACCACCUGCUGGGAUCAUAUCCUUGGGGCCUGAUCCGGCUCCUGGAGAACGAGAAACGGAGGUUCCUCCCAUCGAUCAACAGACCGAUAACUUGGGGUCUGAUAUAGCUUCUGGAGAUCAAGCAAUUGGGAUUUCUUCCAAAGAUCAAAGGGCCGAUGCGAAGUUGGACUCGGGGAACCCUCUAAAGAGGAGAGAAGGACUUGCUCCAUGCUCACGUUCGAAGCUGUUUAGGAAUCCAAGUUCUUUUAGCUACAGAAGACUGUUGCCAUUUCUUAUGGAUCUAGAGAAAGAGAGUUCAAGUGGUUUAAAAAUCCUUCCUUGCCAGAAUGCUGUUGAAGUGGAAAGAAUAAUGGAAGAAAAGCCAAAACCACCACAACUUCAGUUGGGAGGCUCUGAGGGUUCCUUGACUGAAAAAUUGAGUGACAAUUGGAAUUUUGAUGAAAAUCCAGUCAACAAAAGUUCCUCCUUGAAAACUUCUGGAGAGGAUGUUUAUGAUAUGACAACAAUGAUAUCACCACUGCCUGAUUCUGGCAAUGGACGAGCAAUGCAAGUUGAUGAGGUUAAAUCAGAAACUUAUUUCGAAGAUCCUAUUCUUGAAUCACGGAUGUUACAUAACUCAUAUUUGUCUCCUCCCGUCAUUCAUGAAGAUCUAUCAGUUGACGAGUUGGCUGGUAAUGUGCAAGCCCUCUCAUACCUGCCAUCAGAAGUUGAUGUGGGCUGCAGAAUGAUGUUGCCAUUAUUGAAUAUGGAUCCGAAGCCUCCUCAAAGGGAAUCUCAGUUAGAAGUCGUCCAUUCUGCGGCAAGACAUGUCCUUGCUCCGAAAAGAGGGAUUUUAAAGAGAUAUGGGAGAGGAUGCAAAGGUAUCUGCAUGUGUUUGGAAUGUGCCACUUUUCGAAUCCAUGCAGAUCGGGCAUAUGAAUUCUCCAGGAAACAGAUGGACGAGGCAGAUGAAAUCAUAGUGGGACUGAUGAAAGAGCUGGCAAAUCUCAGAAAUCUAGUGGAUAAAACUAUUAUACCAAUGGUUGGUGGUGGAAGCUCCACAAUUCUUCAACUCAAUCGGGAACUGCUAAAAGGAGCUUGCCAAAGAGCCUCCAGAGCAGAGGAGGUAGCAAAUAACGGUCGCAGAAAAAUGUUUAAUGACCUCAACAUACACUGCAAAAUCCCUGGACCAAGGGUGACUUUUGCAGAAUGUGUUGAACAAAGCAUCACUCCGUAAUGUAACAGCAGCGAUGAUAGGUAACAGGGGGAAAUGUUGUCUUUAUGCUGUGUUUUCCUCCUGCAAGUUUCUGCGGUAAC